AUGGAAUUAGAAGAUAGUGUAUGGAACGACACGAACGUGACCUCAUAUGAGGUUGUGGAUUCGAACCAGGAAUCCUGGAACAUCAUAGUACCGCUGACUGUCAUCUACUCGAUCAUCUUUGUUGCUGGUAUACUAGGAAACAUCAGUACUUGCGUGGUCAUCGCAAGAAAUCGAUCCAUGCACACAGCUACAAACUUCUACUUAUUUAGCCUCGCCUUAUCCGACCUUCUUCUAUUGAUCUGUGGACUUCCCAUAGAGUUGUACCGCCUGUGGGAUCCCAACACUUACCCUCUUGGUGAGCCACUUUGUUUAUCAAUGGGCCUGAUCUCUGAGACCUCUGCCAAUGCAACAGUACUCACAAUAACAGCGUUUACUGUGGAACGGUACAUUGCAAUAUGCAGGCCGUUUAUGUCACAUACUAUGUCGAAGUCUUCGAGGGCUGUACGCUAUAUUUUCGUAAUAUGGGUCUUUGCUCUCUGCACAGCUGUUCCACAAGCGAUACAGUUUGGAAUAGUGACUUUUAACGAGAAUGGACGAGAUGUAAGUGUUUGUACUGUGAAAGGACACGGUGUUCAUGAGGUGUUUGUUAUAUCUAGUUUUGUGUUCUUCGUAGUACCGAUGUCAUUGAUAACUGUGUUGUACGCUUUGAUUGCCGUUAAGUUAAAUACCUCAAGUGUUUUGCAUCCACUUAAGAAAACAUCAGUCGAGAGUCGUGAGAAGAAUGGUUCGUCGCGUUACAGAAAUGGAGCGUCUCAGCGAAGAGUUAUUAGAAUGUUAGUGGCUGUGGCACUGUCGUUUUUCCUGUGCUGGGCUCCGUUUCACGUUCAACGAAUCCUAGCCAUUUAUGGUAAAAACUUGGAACACCCCAGCGCUACAUUUUAUAUGGUGUACAUAGUGCUCACGUACCUGUCAGGAGUCUUGUAUUUCCUGUCAACUGCUAUUAAUCCUAUACUCUACAAUAUUAUGUCAAACAAGUUCCGAAAUGCUUUCAAGUUGACCCUGGCGGUAUGGUGUAGUCGAAGUGACGUCCCACGCUUAGGCCGAACCUAUAGCGCGCUGUUGGCAUCGCGGCAGCGUGCUGCAGCCACCCAGAGGUUAAAAUCACAUCCAAAACUGUUACGCCGCCUCUCCACAGCAACUACACAUAUCUGUGAACCGGCCUCAAGAUCACAGCGAAGAAAUCUCUCCAUCGUGAACGAAUCGCCAAAUGGGACUUGGGUGUGGCCACAACCACGUAACGAGGUAUCCGAUUCCUACACGUCACCUCGAAGUAUAUCCAACUCAAGCCUUCAUGAAUUCGAUCAAGAGCUAAGCGGGGAAGAACUAGCCACUUACAUGUAUCAAGUUAAUUGUAAUAUUGGGGGAUUAACCUGA